CAGUGGCGGCGGGAGCGAGACGGGGCAGCAGCAGCAGCGGGGAAACGCAGUGGCGGCCGCUCUCCGACGAGCCGAUGUGUGUGCGCUGGCUGGGCGCCGUACGGCUGGUGUUCGACUACUUUUGUGAGCGCACGCCGGGCUCGGUGGUGGAGGCGCGGGAGACGAGUCUGGUGUGGAACUACAAGCACACGGACGCCGAGUUCGGUGCGCUGCAGUGUCGCGACCUGGUGCAGCACCUGCGGGCGGGGCCCAUCGGACAUGCGCCGGUGGAGGUCAGCCAGAGCGGCAGGAGCGUGGAGGUCCGGCCGGUGGGGGUGACGAAGGGCCGGUGCAUGCACCAGUGGCUAAACAUCAUCGGAGCCGCCGGCAGGGAGGCUGCUGCCGCCGCUGCUGCCGUUGCUGCCGUUGCUGCUGCCGAUGAUGGCCUUGUAAAUGACCUUGCGGUGGGUACUGGCAGCGGCAGCGGCAGCAGCAGCAGCAGCGGCGGCCUCACAGCAGGCAGCAGUGGCACCGCUGCUGCGGCUGCUGCGGCUGCUGCUACUGCCUUUGGAUUCGACUUCGUGCUGUGUGUGUGCGGCCACGUGUCCAACCGCGAUGAGGACUUGUACGACCUCUUUAACAACUGCAGCAGCAGCAGCAAUGGAACCAGCAGUGGCAGCAGCAGCAACACUGGUAACCAUGGGGGCAACAGCAACAGCAACGACAGCGGCAAUGCUGGUAGCAGCAGGGGAGUGCGGCACUGCCACAACACUGCUGCUGCUGCUCAGCCACCCAACCACCCCGGACCGCAGGGGGUCCCGCAGCCCCCCCCUGCGCACCUGCAGCCCCUCCACCACCACACACCUGCCAGGCAGCCGCCGUUCGUCUUCACCGCGACGGUGUGUCCCAUGGCGGCUGGGUGCGGCGGCGGUGGCGGCAGCGGGGCCGUUGUGGGGGGCGAGAUGGAGGGCGGGUAUAGCGGCGGGCGGCGCGGUUUCGGUCGCGGUGGCGGCGGCGGUGGCGGCGGCGGCGUCACUCGCGCUCGCUUCCGAGUGGGCGGCGGCAGCGGGGAGUUGCUGAGGCUGCUGGAGCGGCUGGCUGGGGGGGAGGGCGGGGAGGGGGCGGGCGGGGGAGCGGAGGGGGGCAGCAGCGGAAGCCAGACAUCGUCCCUGUCCGGAGCUGCGCAUGAGCAGUUCCCCCGGGGUGCCUCCGCCUCCGCCUCCACCAGCCCCCUCCGCCGCAGCCGGGGCGGCGGAGCGCUGCAAGUAGAGCCCGACAACGUCAACGGCGGCGGCUACGGUGCCCGCUACGCUGGCGCCGACGGCAGCAGCGCCGACACCCUUGCCGACGGCGUCGGCGCACUGGGGCUCGCUUCUGGCAGCCGCGGCGGCGGCGGCGGCGUGCAUGCCGUGUCCCCCCUGGAGCUGGUACCCCUGGAUCCGGUGUACUCCUCCGACCCGCUGUCCCUGGACAUGCUCAUGACGCCGGAGGAGGCGGCGGCGCCGCUGGCGGCGGCGGCGGCGGUUGUAGCAUCUGUAGCGGACUUCAGGAUCAACAACGGGGGCGCCGCCGCUAGCGGGAGUGUGUUCGUGGGCGGCGCUGCUGCCGCCCCUGCCGGUGUCAGUGUGACGCAGCGGGGACGGCUGCUGACAACACCGGCGGUGUUCCCGGCAGCAGCGGCGGCGGCGCCCCAGGCCAAGCCCCCGCCGGCCGAGGCGCCGGCUCUGCCACCGCAACGGCCGCAGAUGCGGGUUCGUACGGCAAUCGUAAACCCUGGCCUUCCACUGACGGCCGCCGCCGUAGCGCCUGCAGCUGUGGCUCCCGGAUUGGCCGCUGCUGGCCCUGCUGCCGCUGCCGGGGUGGAUGUGGGCGCUGACGGGGGCGAGGAGGGCGCCGUUAUGGUCACGCACCCGCCCUCGCCGCCGCCAACGCCGGCAGUGCGGAAAUCCCGCGCUGCCGCUGAUGGAGGGACUGCCUCGGAAGCCGGUGUUGGUGUGUCGGCGUUUGCGGGCGGGUCUGAGGAAGCAGCGGUGGCGGCGGCAGCGGCGGCGGGGUCGGGUGUGUGGCAGAUGCAGUAGUGUCAAUUGCGGGGAGCGUUGCGGUGUCAUCACCGUGAGAACGGUAACAGAGGAGGACUGGGUUUCACGUGCCGCUGUUGGCUGUGGUAGUUACAGCUGUUGUUGUAUAGCAUCCAGGCCUGGGUGGUUGUUACUGGUUCUGCCUCACUCGCCCUCAUUCUGUAGACGUUGGGUUUGGGUGAGAUGGUGGGAGGUUAGGGGUCUAUUGGGGGAGGAGGGUCGCUUGGUGGGAGAGGCUGAACCGAGACGAGCAUGCAGGCGCCCAACGAGGAUUCGAUAACGAGCAACCUCGUUCUCUAGUUAGUUGCAGUUCAGAGUCUUCGUGUUUGAUAAGCUAGGUAGGCUAGAUCGAGGGACUGUUAUGACUGUCGUGCUUGCAAGGAGCCACACAAGGAGGGGUGUGAUACGGGUUUGUCGUGCCGUAUUCGCUGCCUCCCGCUUGCCGUACCGGUAUGUGCCACAGCACAUGGACGACAGCUCUGAUAAGAGGUGAGGAUGAGGAGGAGGGCGGCGGAAGCGUGCAAGAUCGGUGAGAGGGGGUAUACUUUGAUGCGUGCAGGCGUGUGUUAAGGAAACACACGGAGUGUAAAUGUGCGUACGAAUGUUGAUGGUGGGUACAUGAUGGUGGGUACUCCUACGCCGACAAGAUAUCUAGGUCCAGGUUUGCCUGUGCCAUUCGUUUGGCGUUGUCGCUCUCUUUCAAGCUGUGCUUUCCCAAUAAGGAUUCCAAUAAGGUUUCCGAUGCGGAGCACCUGUGGGGGAUGUGGUGGGGUAGUUGUUACAGGGUUUCUGGCGUCUUGGCGGAACACACCCCUUGGAUAGAUCCCAGCAUGUCCGCCCCACUUCUUGGUAUUGGCAUGUCUAGAUACUGCGAGUGCGCGCCGGCUGCAGACUCGGCUGUAGGGCGUUUGCUGGGCUUUAAGCUACAACUUUGGAGCCCAAGAAGAGUGUAUAUAAGAAUUGUCGUACUUCUCCCAAUGUUGCUUCGGCAGUGUCCUUCCUUCGCUCCAAACGCGCAAGGUCGACCAUGCCCUCCCUCUUGUCGGGUUGCUACCGGUAUGUGAUGUGUAUGCGUUAAUGAAAUACCGGUAGGUGUGAUGGGUGGUUGUGGCAAGACGCAAUAAGGCACCGGUACACCUGCUCGUACCAGUCGUGAGCUGCAAGGUGGUCCCAGCGCACGUAGCGCUACACGUCCUGCUGCGCACCCUGUAAUAACUGCCCUAUG